AUGUCAGCCUCCUACCCGCCACUUACCGAGCGCCCCAUCGCAAAGACUAUUGUGUUAUUUGAUGUCGAUGGAACCCUCACGCCUGCGCGUCUUAGAGCCGCACCCGAAAUGUUGCAACUUUUACACAAUCUUAGGCAGAAAGUGGCCAUCGGUUACGUAGGUGGUUCCGACUAUUUGAAACAGCAAGAACAACUAGGCUCGGCAGGAGUCCCAGUGAAAUCGCUCUUCGACUUUUGCUUUGCUGAGAAUGGCCUGACUGCUUACAAACUAGGACAACCCUUGGCAUCCAAUUCUUUCAUCAAGUGGAUCGGUGAAGAAAAUUAUAAAAUGCUGGUUAAUUUUAUUCUCCAUUACAUUGCUGACCUGGAAUUACCUGUGAAGCGUGGUACAUUUGUGGAAUUUCGAAAUGGGAUGAUUAAUGUAUCGCCAAUUGGAAGGAAUGCCAGCGUGGAGGAGAGGAAUGAAUACCAAAUAUACGAUUUGGAACACAAAAUACGCGAGACAUUUGUUCAGGCACUCCAAGCAAAAUUUGCAGACCUUGGCUUGACCUACUCAAUUGGCGGCCAGAUUUCUUUCGAUAUUUUUCCCAAAGGAUGGGAUAAAACUUACUGUCUCCAGCAUCUCGAGGAAGAUUCGAAGAAGCCAAACGGUGUUCAUUACACAACUAUCCAUUUUUUUGGUGAUAAGACCUUCAAAGGAGGCAAUGAUUAUGAAAUAUAUGAAGACCCGCGAACAAUAGGUCAUGCUGUAAAUAAUCCUGAUGAGACACGCUCCAAAGUUAAGGAGCUAUUUGAAGUUUGA